UUCCCUUCGCGUUAGAGCGAUGGCAAGAGAGUGAGACAACUAUUUGGACGCAAUUGGACGGCCACUCAGCAGCCAAUGCAUCGUCUUUUUCGCUUUAUUCCGUUCCUCCAUGCGCUGUCCGUGGCUGGUGGCUGGCGGCUGGUGCUGCCUAUACAUCGCGCGAUAAGCUCUCGCGACGCGACCGAAAGCGGGCGUUUACAUUUCGUUUAAUCGCAACGUUGAUAUUUGGAAACUAUAGCGGCGGCAGCGCGAUUUACCGUCGCAAAAUUUACAGAACCAAAAGAACAAUAAUCGUUUGUUUGUGAAGCUCAUUUGAGUGUCCGAAAAAGGCAAAUGUCGCAUUAGUGCAUAACCAAAUAAGAACUAAUUAGGGCAAGAAUACGCAAAGAAGCGACCUUAGAGAUACCUUAACAAGCGCGGGGACAUUGUGAUUUUAAACGAAGUUUCUACGUGUAUGCAUGUAUGAUUCCGACUGCAUACAUACACUCGUAUUAAAUACGGCUAAUGUGCGUGUGUGUGUGUGCGCGCAAUUAAACGCUUUAAGGCACAUUAUGGCGUUGACAGCUUGUCAAUUCAAGCGCAACCGUUACGCUACACCAAUACAAUUACGGUAUCGCUAGCGCUACUGCCGCAUAUAACCGCUUCACAUAUGCAGUCCCGUUUAUCAGAGUCACUACUCAUCUGAAAAUACGAAUGCAUCGUUCUACAGUGGCAACUGUCAACCAGCCAAAUCGAAUCGUGUGUGUGUGAAUUUAGUGUCGCCUGCGUUGUGGAGUUAGUAAAGCGUUGCGACUUGUCAAUUGUGUUUUCAUUGCGAACGCCGUAGUUAGUAAAUCAAGCGUUUAUUUGUGUUGACGAGUUGUCGGGAUUUCAAUUAACCAACAAACCGCGAAGUGUUUUCUUGCCACAAGCUCGACCUCACAACCAUUGUGUAUUAAUUGUAAAGUGGCGGUCAAGUGACCGUUAUCAAGUGACAGUUGCAUUUUCUCUUUUGUGCGUUCGCCCGAGUUUCGUUUUUGAUUCGCGGGCGCGCUUUAACAAUCAUUUGUGAUAGAUUGUGUUGAUCGCAAAUUCGCAAAUGGUCACGUGCAGUCGUCAAUCGUUCAACAUGCUGCCAAUGGCGCCUAUUAAUCCCUUUGUCGUCGGUCUGACCCCAUCAUCCAUGGCAGUAGCUGCAGCGGCAGCAGCCGCCGCCGUCGAGACUACGACGCGAUCCAUAGACAGUGCAUCCGUGACCACAACCAUGGGAACGGCAACCGUUACAACUGCGUCCAUUAAACCGAAGUUGGCGUUCAGCAUUGAUUCUAUUGUUGGCAGUAAUGUAAACACUAACACGAAUAAGUGUGAUAAUAGCGGCUCCACGCAUCCAUCGGACUUUCGGUCCAUGCGACCAUCUGCUAUCUCCCCACCUCUCUCUUCCUCGCAACGCAGUGAUAGUCCCGAUGAACGCAUAAAUGGUGAUCGCGAUCGAAACCGUUUAUUGCUCGCCUACGAGCGACCCCCAAGCCACAUAAACCUCAGCCACAGCGAAGAUUCUCACCAUUGCCAACAACCAAUAGAAUUAAGAAAUAGCUUUACUGUGAAUUAUCGUCCCAUCAGCUCAGUUCCGGAUCCGCAUACAACAUCUUUACCGCGACCGCCAUUGGGUGUCAUUUAUUGCCGACGUCGUUCCAUAUUGGAUCAUUCGCCUGAACGUGAAUGCAAUAGUCCGUCCUUAGUCGGCAGGUGUCGAUCACGCUCUAGGUCCCGUUCUCCUUCCCGCCAAUCAGUACUAUCUUCCCAUGAGCACAACACCGCCGCUAACCGCAGUCGUACUCCAUCUCCUUCACCAACACCGCCACACAGCCGCACUACACCACAAACACCAAGUAGCGGUGGGGUCUCAAUAGGCGAGCUCAACAAGCGACCCAUUCAUGUGCCUGGCAUACCAGCAGGCCUGAUUCGUCCAUUACCUCUGCAAGCGCCACAAAGUUUAUCUAUACUUCAGUCCGGCAGUACUGGCGGCGGAGCACCUGUAUCUUUAGAAGCUAGCAAUGCACCGGCGAUACAGGCUCCGGGUCCUCCAUCUCUACCACAAACUCUCGGAAUGUCAUCACAAACCUCUACGUCCGGGGUGGUGGUACCACCACAACCACCUCCCAAUCCACACUUUUUAGCCGCUCAAUUUCAAAUGGCUGCUGCCUUAGCACACCAUCACCAUCAGCAACAGCAACAACAACAUCAUCCAGCGACACAUUUGCCAGCUGGCCACCCGAUGGCCCUGUUCCCACCCGGACCACAUCAUCACUUUGGCGGUCCGCACAUGAUUCGUGAUAGUUACCCUCUCUACCCGUGGCUACUAAGUAGACAUGGUCGGAUAUUUCCUCAUCGAUUUCCCGGUAACUUCUUAUUGCAGCCCUUCCGUAAGCCCAAACGAGUGCGAACAGCAUUUUCUCCUACGCAACUGCUGAAGCUGGAGCACGCCUUCGAGAGUAACCAUUAUGUGGUGGGAGCCGAACGGAAACAGUUGGCACAAGGACUGAGCCUCACGGAGACGCAGGUUAAGGUUUGGUUUCAAAAUCGGCGCACAAAGCACAAGCGCAUGCAGCAGGAGGGCGACAGUGAUUCAAAGAGUCAGAAAGGCAGUCAAAGUGGGGACAAUGAUGCAAAUAAGAACGACAGCUCGCAGAAUAGUUUCGAAGAUCAAGAAGAGGAUGAUGACGACGAUCUAAUCGAAGAGGAUGAGGAUGAGGUGAUCGAUAUGGAUGACUAUGGCAGCGAGAUGGAUGCAGAAGAGCAUCAGCGAUUGCGCGAACAGUUUCAGCAACAGUUGCAACAACAUCAUGAGCAAUUGCAACAUAUCCAGCAGCAGCAGCAACAACAAGGUCCAGUGCAACAACUGCACCGUGAGCAACGAGAGUUUCGGGUGCAACAACAACAUCAGCAACAGCAACAGCAACAGCAACAACAACACCAACAAUUUAUGCAACAUCAACUGUAUUUGCAUCAACAAGCACAGCAGCAAAAGCAACUCCAUUUGCAACAACAACAACAACAGCAGCAGCGACAACAAUAGCAGCCCGAACAGCCAUGACUGCAGUAAGUCAAGUGUGAAGCUUAGAACACUGAAGUACUGGUGCAUUUCUCCGCAACUAAUUGUGACCACUGGGCGUGGUCGUAGUGGUUGUUGGUUGUUGUUCCAUUCACUAGAUCUGUAUCGCUUUGAAGCUCUUUUGCGUUGGCCAAUGCAUUUUCCUUUCUUUCCUUUCGCUUUCCCCCCUCCACCCCUUUUCAUCAUUUCCUUUGGUGUUUUCCAAACUGCGGCACCAACUACACCAUCGUUUAUGUAAAUUAUUCAUCAAAACUGAAUUGUAUUAAUUAAUUUGUAAAUUAGACGCUUAGCCAUGUAAUAAUAUAUUUACGAUUAGCAAUUACACUGUAAUCAUUAUUGAAUCACAAGGCAAAUGUUAUAAAUAAUAAUUACGGUAAUUAAUAAAUGCAAACAAUUAAA